GGCGGGAGGGCGGCCGUUCCCUCGGCGCCGUCGGGACCGGUCGCCUGUCGCCGACAGACGCCGCCUCCCCGCGCGCCUCCCCCCCCGGUUGUUUGGGUUCAAUCGCGACUCCCCCCUCCCGGGUCCGCACGUGUCGGGGAGGCCGCCCCCAUGGAGCCCCACCGCCGCCGCCUGCUCUUCGCCGCCCGCAGCCCCCCGCCCGCCGUGGUCAAGGCGCUCUUCCCCGCCGGGCCCCGCUCGCCCGUCACCGGCCUCGCCGUCACCAUGGACCGGCUCGGGGGCCUGGGCAGCGGAUGCGAGCAGCAGCUGGAAACGAGAAACGGCGGCGGCGGCGGUGGGCUGCCGCGAACGGACUCCUCCGAGUCUACGGAUUCAGGCUUCUGUCUGGAUUCUCCCGGGCCCCUGGACGACAAGGAAAACCUCUACAAACCCAUGAGACGAAUCAAUUCCCUUCCGCAAAGGCUGCUGGGGUGUAGCCCCGCUCUGAAGAGCCACCUGGACCCCCUCGACUGUGAUGUCUUCCAGCAAGGCGAUGAGAACAAGGAGAACGAGGCGUUUGAGUUCAAGAAGCCGGCCAGGCCUGCGGCGCGGGGCUGCCUGCUCGCGCAAGGCCCGGGAGAGGGAAAAGAUGCCUUCGCCCAGAGGCAGAACUCGGCCCCCGCUCGGAUGUUCUCCCCCGGCGACAAGGACGCCGGCGACCUCUCGGACUUCAUCCCCGUCUUCCUGCCGCAGUCGCCUCUGCCCUCCUCGCUGGCCGACGAGGACGACGGCUUCCUGGACCUCCUCGAUGGGGAUGACCUGAAGAAUGACGAGGAGUCUCCUUCUGGCAUGGCGAGUCUCUGGACGGCUCCCCUGGUCAUGAGGAGAAUGUCUAACUACGGCAAGCGGGACAAGCUGUUUGAAUCCCCGUCGACACCCACCCCCUCGGCCCGGCCGGCGCUGAAGAGAGCGGAGCGGUCCCGGGAGGGCGCCUCCCUGACCAACAGCAAGAGGAGGAAGAGCGGCAUUGGCCUCUUGGACCAAGAAGCGGUCUGUCCGCCAGACUCGACCCAGAGCCCGGGACCGGCGAGGACCCCGCCGCCCGCCUCGGAGGCCAUCGAGAGCAUGUUGGACGGUGACCACAGGGACCUCAUCGGCGACUUCUCGAAGGUCUACCUCUUCCACACAGUGGCCGGGAAACACCAGGAUCUGAAAUACAUCUCCCCGGAAAUAAUGGCCUCGGUGUUGAACGGGAAGUUUGCGAGCCUCAUCGAGGAGUGCGUGAUCAUCGACUGUCGCUACCCGUACGAAUACGAGGGCGGCCACAUCAAGGGCGCGGUCAAUCUGCACAUGGAGGAGGAAGUGGAGUCCUUCCUGCUGAAGAAGCCCAUCCUGCCGGCCCACGGCAAGCGCGUCAUUGUCGUCUUCCACUGCGAGUUCUCCUCGGAGCGGGGGCCCCGCAUGUGCCGAUUCGUGCGCAAGAGGGACCGGCUGGGGAACGAAUACCCCAAACUCCACUACCCCGAGCUGUACGUCCUGAAAGGAGGCUACAAGGACUUCUUCUCCAAGUGCCAGUCGUUCUGCGAGCCCCCCGGCUACCGCCCCAUGCACCACGAGGACUUCAAGGAAGACCUGAAGCGCUUCCGCACCAAGAGCCGGACGUGGGCCGGCGAGAAGAGCAAACGGGAAAUGUACAGCCGCCUGAAGAAACUCUGAACGCCCCCCACCCUUAUCCCCCUCGCCCCCGGACAUACACACGAACAACCCCCCCCCACACACACACACACCCGGCUCGUGGCCGGGUGCCCGCCCUUCCACGGGCCUGGGGCUCACUGCUACGGGACUUUCCCCGCCCCCUGCGUCGGACUCGGCCGGAUGAAAGCCAACGGUGGCGGCCGCCGGCCCCCGCCACCCACCCCGGCUGUGCCCGUUGUGGCUGACUUCUGUCUGCGCCGCCCUGAAACGCGUGACCAGGAGGGGGUCGGAGAGAUGGGGGGACGUGCCGGCGGGGUACCGAGAUGCCCUGCCCGAAGAAGCGCCGCGCUUGGAGCACGGCCCCUCCGUUUUAAUUUAUUGAACUCGACCGCUUUUUAACGUUGGCCCGUGGCUACCUCCCCCCGGGCGCUCGACCGAGGCCAGCCCUUCUGUUUGGGGCCAGUGUGGAUUCUUGCGGGGGGACCGAGACGCGGGCGGUGGGUCAAGCCACGGGGGCCGGAGGCGGGGCCGGGAUGGAGCCGGUGCCGCCCACGUGGGCCCAGCUGGACUCGGGGGCCACGGAACUUCCCGGCCCGGGCCCCCUCUCCCGCCCUGCCGUUCUGGUGGGGACGGGGAGCGCUUGGGGGGCCGGGGGGCGGCUGUGUCAUGUGACCACCUGUCUGGAAGCGGGGGGAAAUGGGUCAGUCUCGGUCAUGCCCGUUUUUUUCCCCUCCGCCAUUCUUCUGCAGGUUUUUUUUUUUUUUUUUUUUAAACCGGCCCCGGGCUCCUCGGAAAGGUUUUUAAAAAACUGGGCGUAGGCCUGGUGGGGGGGGGGCAUCAAAUCAGUGUUAGAGCGAGUCACCUUGGGAGGUCGGGAGCGAGGCGGGAGGCCCGGAGGUCUCUGAGCCGAGCUCUUGUCGCGUUGGGUUUUUGGAAGGGAGCGGGGAGCCCCCAGCCCGGAGGGACUUGUCAGGGCUUGGGUCUGGAGGGUUCCCGGCCUGCCCCCCCGGCCACGGCUGACCCCCCUGGCAUCCGCCGGGGUCUCUCCUCUCCCCUCCCUCUGCCGCUCCCCCGCCCACCGCGGGCGGGGAGAGGCACCCGGGACUGGCGCGGGGCAGGAAACAAUCGCUCGGUUUUGGGUUUAGGAGUCGCAUCUGAGAGGGAAGCCAAACUUGGAGAAAACAGGGUGGGAGAGAAGGGGCGGGGGGCAGGCCGGACACCUCCCUCCACCCCCCGGAAGGGUCCGCCCGGCUCGGCGGGUAGGGUUGGGGCAGCUCAGCCUGCUGUGGCUUCUGGCCUGUUUCAGACUCUGCGAAUAAACAACCUAAAACCCAAAUGCUUCAGCUCCCCA